UAGCAUCUUGCACCCUGCUGUUAUGUGCUGGAUUGUCUCAGGGGCAUCUUUACACACCCUGCACCUGGGGUCUUGCCUGGUGUGAUAGACACUAGCCUCUAUCUAUAUCUGCAGCAUAGGAACAAGCUCUGAGCACAAGAUAACCAACCAGACUGUCAGGGUCCUGGGUCUGAGCAUCCCCACGGUUGGCCAGCGCUAACCAUGACAGAAUGAUCCAGCCAGACAUGGGCCCAGCGGACUGUGAGGAGAGGCUCAGGAGGGAGGUCAUGGACAAGAUUUACAAACUGUGUGAUUUGUGGUGGGAGAAGCCCGGGGAAGUGUUGCAUCGCGCCGUGGAGAGGCGGCUGAAGGAAACGCUUUUAAAAUUUCCCUGGCUGGUGGACUCUCUCAACCCAGUCGUCAUGGACUUCCUGCUCUCAACCCUCCACCUCCAUUCUCCAACUCAGGCUGCUCACCGGCCCGGGCAGCCGGUAGAUUCACGGCCUGACACGCCGGCCCCGUUGUCUACACUGAAACGACGCCGCCGGCGCUCUGUAUUACCGGACAUCUUAACAGCCGGCUGUGCUGCUGUGCCACCAUCAUCUGCACUGCCUGCGGCCACCACACUGCCAUCUUCUCCACCACGGGCUGCUACAGCGCCACCUGGACCUGCUCAGCCUGAGCCGGAGGAGCUCAGCAGGCCGGAGGGGCUUGUGCUGCCCAAGCAGGAGCUCAGCGAGCCGGAGGAGCCCGUGCUGUCCACGGAAGAGGUCUGUGAACCAGAGGACCCCGUGCUGCCCACGGAAGAGGUCAGCAAGUCGGAGGAGCCUGCGUUGCCCACGGACGAGCUCAGCGAGCCAGAGAGUCCAGCACAGCCGCCGCGUCCACAUCCAGCACAGCCGCCAUGUCCAUGUCCAGCACGGCCAGCACUUCCACAUCCAGCCAUCCAGCAUGUCAUAGAUUGUGUGCCAUGCUACAUUGUUGCAACGCCGCCGCCGUUGGAUCCGUGGCAGCCCGCCGGAACUGUUUCACCGCUGCUGCGGGACCCAUGGCCGCCCGCCGGAGCUGCAGCGCUGCCACCACUGGACUCGAGGUAAGCCACCUGAACUGUUUUGCUGCUGUCCAACCCACAGCAGGUCUCGCUUGUUUUUGCCGUCCACCAUUUCGGCCACCAGAACUAUGUGUGCCACCACUGGAGCAGUGAUUGGACUAUUGAACUGAGACUUUUUUUUUGUUUUUGUUGUGUUGGCGGAGAUGUUUUUGAGCCCUCCAUUCUGGACCGCCCACCACCCACCCUGGGUUGGUUGAACUCUGAGUUAUUUGUGUUUAUGGGCCGUCGGGAGCCAGCCCUUAGAGGGGGGUGCUGUCAGGGUCCUGGGUCUGUGCGACCCAGGGUCCCUGAACAAUUAUGGAUGUGUGUUUUUGGUGUGCUGUCCCUCAUUCUCCCUGCUUGCAGGUAUAUGUGUGUGUGGAUGCAGGUGUAUCUGGGAGCACUUGUUUACAGGCACCUUCAGGCCUGGUGGGUGUGGCCCUGCCAGGUGGUUGGCCACACCUGAAGACCAUCACACAUCUGCAGCUGAUCAAGCCUCGUCGGAGGAGCUACUUAAGAGUGUGGUGGGGCACUCUCCGACGCUGGAUCAUUGCGUGACUUCACACGGAGUGUGGAGACGAGAGGGCACCGAGCACGGGGUGCUCAGACACUGAGGAGCGGAGACAAAGAACACUAACACUGGGAAGAGGACAUGUCACGGAAGUCGGGAACGCACUGGGGAUUUAUUGUUAUUUUCUUGCACUGUAAAUAAACGCACUGUUGCAUCAAAGAGUCCAGCAUUUGGGUCCUCCUUUCCCUACAUCCCCACGGUUGGUCAGCA